AUGAAGUUUGUUCGCGAGACCCAAUGUGAGAUGGAGGUUGUCAAGCCGGUGCUGGAUGAAUUGGAAGUCAUGCGAAUGUGCCGCAGCUUCGGAAUGAUGUCGUCGGUUAACUCCAAGGACUUUUAUUUUAAUGUUCUUCAUGCACGAGAAUUUGAUGAUGAUUUCGUACGCUUUCUGCGUUUCGAACUGUUCGAAAGCUCGUGUCCAGGAUCUGUGAAGUUGAAAGGCCUAUUUGGCAAGCAAGCACAGGUAGCAGAUGUGUUAGUUGACAUGGAAGCUUGCACAGCCGAGACUGCUGCGACACUGGAUGAUGUUAGUGAAGGGAUAUACUGCGCGAAAAUUGAUCCGGAACACACUGAGGGGCAGUGUAACGGGGAAGACAACGUUGCUGGUGUGGUGGUGUUCUCUUGGAUCCGAGAUGAGCUGUUUGAACCCCAAGGGCUUCGAGAUACUCCGGCGUUUGUCACGACAGCUAUGGCUGCUCCAGAUGAGCAAGAAGACGGCGAAUUGUCGUCGUAUUCGGUAUCAUUCCAUAUCGAGAAGCAAGAAGACCAGCCUGACAGCACUUCGUGUGCAGCAGUAACCUCUGCUGAUUUGGAGACGCUUCCUGAAGACUGCUCCAAGAUUUGCUUGCUGAAGGGAAGCUAUCCAGCGAUUGCUGUCACCAGGCCAAUGAAGUCGGUGAUCCGUACUGAGCAAUUUCGCCGUACGUUUAUGGCAGUGCCCUUCGCGGAGUGGCUAAAAGAACACUCUGCCAAAACAUCCUGA